UGAUCAGCCCAUAUAGGAACAGCGCAUAAACAGUCAGGACGCACUUGUCUUUGACCGAGUCCAGUUGAAGAAUAUAAACGGUCAAACACACUGAGAUCAGCAGCAGGUGCCGCAGCAGCAGCAACAGAAGCAGCAGGAGAAGAAGAGAACAUGUCCCGAUUCAUCGCGCGUCUCGUCCUUAUUUCUCAGCGGGCUGCGAUCACCAGCUCGGCGUUGUCACCCAGGAGAAUCCCACGGCUCCUCAUUCGCCCCGUAUCCACAUGUCAAGGUCUUUGCUCUCUCACCCGCUACGAUGAGACCACAGACUGGCAAAAGAAACUCACUCCAGAGCAGUAUGUAGUUACCAGGGAGAAGGGCACAGAAGAGCCCUUUAGUGGCAUCUAUCUCAACCAUUAUGAAGUGGGGAUGUACCACUGUGUCUGCUGCAACACACCACUCUUCAGCUCAGAAGCUAAGUAUGACUCGGGGACGGGUUGGCCUGCUUUCAAAGAGGCUCAUGGCACCUGGGGACAUGACGAGAGCCAUGCGUCCAUCAUUCGGCGCCCUGACAACAGCAUGGGCAGCACUGGGACUGAGGUUCUUUGUAAAAAUUGUGACGCCCACCUGGGACAUGUCUUCGAAGAUGGACCAGAACCAACAGGUCAGAGGUUUUGUAUUAACAGCGUAGCCCUGGCGUUUAAACCCAAAGGAAACAAGACUCCUGAGGAAAACUGACAAACACCAUGGACUGGAAACACACUCGCUGUAUGUUGGGCAUUGGUUUUGAGGAAGGGCUCAAUGUCUAGAGUUAGUGAUUGAUUAAAAGAUUUUAAAGGUCAAAAGGUGAAGGUAAAUAAUUAACAUAAGUUGAAAAUGAACUCUCUUUCUUAAACAAGAAGACCCUCAGUAUGUGCCACAAACAUAUUGACUGAAAAAACAACAAACAAAUGUGCUUAUCUAAAACAGUAUCACACAACAACAUACAUUAAUCCAAAUUCAAAUUUAGUUGAAACUAUGACCUAGAUUGUCAAUGAAAAUUGUUAUUUUUAAUUAUUUUGUUUUUAAUCCAAUUAUUACCUAGAUAUUGUAUUGUUUUAAAUAACCUAUGUAUGUAAAAAAGGAAAUUGUAUUUUUCUGUGUAAGUUUCAAAGUGUGAACACGUUAUUCCUUUAGAGACAGUAACAUACAUUAAACCCUAAUGUUUUCUAUUUACUGUAAUUUGAUGAUGCAGAGAUAAUUAUUAAUAAAUGCAAAGUCUACAAAGCUACGGGUUGACUGUUAAGCAUAAAUAGAAAACAAACGAACAAAAAAACGUAAUCGAGAACGUAGGGGUGUCCUCUACUGGCCAUUCCUCCACAUGGCACAAUGACCUUCUCUGAAUGUAGAUCAGUUAAUAUUUAACACACGCUGUCUGGGAAAAUUUGACAGUUUUGAUAAUGUUUGUCUUUACAUUGUAACAUUAAUUUUCCUGGAAUUACCAAAAUAAGUUAAGUAACUUAAUAUAGACUGAACUAAUAAAACA